AUGCCAGUACCAACAUUCGCCUCGUAAGACCUUCUCUAUGGACAGCUUUUAGACCAGGCUACUAAUUCAAGAAAAUAGAUUGCUAAACGAUCCAACAUACGUCGACCUUCAAAUUCGUUGCAAUGGAUGCGUUUUUAAGGUACACAAAGUGGUUGUAUGUACCCAGGUCAAAUUCUUUGCGGCAUGCAUGAAAUGGGAGUUUCAGGUAAGCAUUCUCUUGGAACAAUAACGGUCUUGGGCCCAUCUAAUUUGCUAACUCUUUACUCUCCUCUUAGGAGUUGAAAUCAGGAAUCAUAUUCCUUGAAGAUGAUACGCCCGAGGUAUUGGAGCUCCUCAUACAAUUCCUCUACACCGGCGACUACACUGUGGAGAUACCCGAGGCCCGCGACAAUGAACGCGUUUACCGCAGUAACGCAGAGCUCCUCGUCCAUGCCCAAAUCCACACCCACGCGGAUAAAUACCUUCUGGAUGAACUCCGCGCCCUCUCCAUCAGCAAGUUUGAGAGCGCGCUGCGCAACCUUGCCCCUGUACUAUUUACCGAGGUGUUUAGUACCAUCAUGAAAGGCUGUCCUGAGAAAAACGAGAUCUUCCAGACCAUGUGUGUUGACUUCGCGGCUUUGCACAAUAAAACCUUGUUUACAUUCCGGGACUACCGAAAUUUCUGUGCGGAGAACGGGGCGGUGUGUGUUAGAAUCAUGAAGGUGAUUGCGGAUAAGGUACAAUAUAUCAAAUGUUCGCGUUGUGGAGUUGAUAUUCCCGGUGACCUGAUGGCAGUCGUGUUUACGAAUGUCGCCCUUGCGCUAGGAUUACGAGGUUCGGUAAUGGCAAUCAAUGAGGAGCUGUAG